CAGGGGCGGACUAACCAUUUGCAAGCUCUGGCACUGCCCGAGGGCCCGGAGUCAGUAGGGGGCCACAUGAGAUGCCCUUGGUACCUUUUUCAUAGGCUUUUUUGAGUUUGGGCAAGGACACAGGGGCCCCAUGAUCCCCUAUUGCCCGGGGGCCCCAUGUGUUGUCAGUCCGCCCCUGCUCCUAUGUAAUCUGUGCCCAUCAGUGCCCACCAGUGCCACCCACAAGUGCCCAUCAGUGCAGCCCAGCAGUGCC